CUGUGCUGGGUGCGCUGCGGGCCGCAGCGCUCCGGGUGGCUUCCCUCCGCGCCUGGAAGGCGACCCCCGGUGCACCCGGGUUCAAAGGCCCCGCGCAGCAGCUCCAGCCCCUCGGGGGAGGGGGGGGGGCGGGGAGGCGAGGGGGUGGUGCGGGAGCCAGAAAAGCCUGAGCCCACAAGCCGGCCAGCCCUGCGGAGGGAUGGGCAGCGCGCUCUGAAGUUUGUGACCGCCGCAGCCAACUCCUGGCGGGAGCCCGGACCAAGUGAGGGAGCGGCCGGCCUCUGAUCCCCACGGCUGGAGGGCGAGGCCCGCUGUGCCCGGCCCGAGACCCCUUCCGGGGCCACAGGAGUUCGUCCUCCGGGCCCGGUGCUCCCGCGCCUGAUCGGGGUUCAUGGAGCUGGGGCUGUGGCUCCUUUUCGGACUCACAGUGACCUCCGCCGCAGGAUCGGUGCCUGCUGGCAGGAGUGGCAUCCCCCAGGUCCCCCCUGCAUCCAGAUCGGAGGGGGACACCGAGGAAACUGUGGCUAUGACCACAGCGUGGGCUCUGAGUCGCGGAGACCCUGGGCAGGAGCAGGGACCUGGUUGGUCUGGGGAGCAGGAGGCCCAGAGGGGCCCUGCACGUCGCCGAGCCAGACGCUGCACGUGUUUCACCUACAAGGACAAGGAGUGCGUCUAUUAUUGCCACCUGGACAUCAUCUGGAUCAACACCCCUGAACAGACCGUGCCCUAUGGACUGUCCAGCUACAGAGGACGGGUCCGUGGCAGGAGGUCCGCGCAGCCGUCUCCACAGAGCCCACAGCCCUCGGAGCGCACACGGCGCUGCGCUUGUGCGGCGAGCCACGACCCGGCCUGCGUGCGCUUCUGCACCCGGACCCUGGCCGUCGGCAGGAGCGCAGGGGCCUCGGAAAAACGGGAUCUGGGAGGGGCCGUGCCAGUCCGCAGGACGGACGGGGGCCCACGGGCGAGGAGGUCCUCAGGGUUUCCCGCAGCCACACUGGACGUAUUUGUCAUUCUGUCAAUCAGGAUUCGUGGUGAAUGACCCGCCUACACAGCCGCAGUGGGAUGGAUGAGCCCCAGGACAGACAGCCCGCGGCGUCUCUAGACCUCCAGCACCACCGGCCGGCCCGGGAAGGGGGCCCCGCCGCCGCCCGCCACUCCGCCACCGCCCCGGGGGCUUCUGGGAGAACAGGCCUGCCGCCCGGUCCUGGGAAGGCCUCCGUCCCGGCCUGGCCUGCUCACAUGUCCAGCUCCCGGAGGAUGAAGAAUGAGUCCUGCGGGGGGAGGAAACCUACCCCCAGGGUCUCCCCUAACAACACACCCCUACCCCAAGAAUGCCCCACCCCAUGGCCCCAGGUUCCCCAGCGGGGACAGUGACCCCAGGUGCGCCCCGGGCACCUGACCCCCUGGCCUGGCUCUCGGGCAGGAGGCCGGGCCGGGAGAGGCAUGGCAGGCGGGAAAGCUGCUCGCCAGCUUUGGACUUGACUCCCCUUGGGGAGUCUGGGGACCCCACAUGAACCCUGCAGAGGUAAACUCGUGGCCGGGCCGCAGCCGCUGCAGCCCGCUCGGACCCUGGCGGAGAGGAGGGCAGGCGGCGGCAGUGCCGGACGCCAGACGGCCGACCAGCUGUGCGGGACGCCGUGAGACGGAGGCUUCUGGGAUUUAGACGGAAGUGGUCAGCUGCGUUAGGGACCCACCAAAAGAAUGUGUGUCCAAGAAAAAAAAAAACAAGAAGAAGAAAGAAAAGAAAAACAGAACCUUUAUGUUUGUGAGAAGGAGGAGAGGUGGGGUUUGAACCCGGGCCCACCGGCGCCGCCCACCACGGCGUGCUCACUGGCAGGAAGCCGCAGGGAAGGCAGCCCCCGCUGAAGGCCGUCCCGGGCCUGCUCUCACGGACGAUACGCUGCAAACGCCAACUCUGUGUAAAUUGUGUACAUUUCUAUUUAUCUGUGUCACUGGGAGCGACCGGGGACGGCGACCCCUGCCGGUUCCCGGGUCCCCCUCUCACGCGGCUGCGCCUGUUUCCAGCCGUGCCGUGGUGACCGCGUCUGAGUGCGGGAUGUGGGCGCGAGGUCAUCGUGGGGGACGGGCCACCUGCCUCCCCCCACAGCAGAUGUGAGGACCGGCUUUGGGGGGUGUGCUGAGGUCAUGGCGGGGGGGAAAUGUAAGGUGGCGAAUGCUCUGGCCGCGACCAAGCGUUCAGUUCUCUGAGAGUUCCUCCUCAGAGGAACCGCAGGUACCAAUGCCAGUGUCCACCCCCCCGGACACCCAAGGGACCGGCCGGCCGCCGGGCUCCCGUAGCGUUUAGAGGGGCCGUUAUUUAUUGUACGACUGCUCUCUGCUCCGGCGGCUCCAUGCGGCUCCGCUAACCAGUCCAGCUGUGCUAGGUAGAGAGUUUAAACUGUGCUCCGAAUCCAAGCUCACACGCCUUAGAGCUCAGAUUACUUUUGUAAGGCACAUACUUACCCCUUGUCCGGCUGGGUGGCCACACACUGGGCGAGACCCCCGUGCAUUGUGCCGACGCUCCCAAGAUACUGUCACGCGCAUAAUAAAAAAGCUCAGCGUUUG